AUGGCUGCAGCUCUCAAGGUCUUGACCGUCGCUCCCCGGGCUAAGCACACCGCCACCAUCAUCUUCGUUCAUGGCCUCGGAGACUCCGGCUUUGGAUGGAAGCCCGUCGCUGAUAUGUUUGCGAGCGAAAUGCCGCACGUCAAAUGGAUUAUGCCUCACGCACCGAAGAUCCAAAUCACUGCCAACGGGGGCAUGUUGAUGCCCGGCUGGUUUGAUGUCUUCGAGUUCGGCUCGAUCAAUGCGCGCGAAGAUGAGGCGGGCAUACUCAAGACCGCGCACGCGCUCAACCAGCUUAUCACCGCCGAAGUGGACGCGGGUAUCCCCGCGGACCGUAUCGUCCUCGGCGGGUUCUCGCAGGGCGCCGCGAUGUCGCUCUUCACCGGCCUCACGACCGAGAGACGGCUCGCGGGUGUCGCUGUCCUCAGCGGAUGGCUGGGCCUCCGUAACAAGGUCAAAGUCAUGCUGAACGACCACGCGAAGAAGCUACCCGUCUUUUGGGGUCACGGCAAGUCUGAUCAGAUCGUCCGUUUCGACCGCGCGACGGCAUCCAUCGAGUUCAUCAAGGGCGAGCUCGGACUGAAGACGCUGGUCUCGCCCGACAAGGUGCUCGAGGGCGGCAUCGAAUGGCACGCAUACGACAUGCUGGCGCACUCCGCCAACGAUCAGGAGCUGCAGGAUCUGAAGACCUUCCUGCAGAAGGUGCUGCCCGCGCAGGAGUGA